CGCUGGCUGCUCCUGAAUUCAGGUUCACCAUAUAUAGCCCCUGGAGCCAUCAAGACCUUUGAGUUGCUCGUCACAGACGACAACGUUGCAGAGUUUUACAGGAAGAGAGUCGGGCUGGAGUCGGGUGUGUACGAAUCCGGCCGACCGAGGGUCACCGAUCGCGAGGAAAUUUACAUCAGCGACAAUGAUGGCCUUCACUUUGAGUCGCCAGUACUGACAAUUAGGACC